AUGGAUCGGAUCUACAGAGUGCCAGCUCCAGUUAGGGCGAAUCGAUCAAUAACCCUCCGCCACCUCAAAGACUUAGCUUCGAUCAAGUCGAGUCUCGGAUUUCUCAAAUCCUCAGUCUCUCAAAAAACCCACUUCGAUUACGACGCCGUUUAUCGUAAAGCUGCGAACUUGCUCCUCAAACUCGACGCCAUUCAGGGUGGCAACCCCAUGAUUAGAAAUGAGAGAAUUUCUUUGAGCAGAGAGGUAUAUAAAUUCUUGGAUUUUAUUGAAGGCGCUUGUGUGCAGAGGAGGAUUGUGAAGCAGAAUUUGAGAUCUAGGGUUUCCAUUUGUGAGAGGAAAUUAGGCAAUGUUGAAUCCGGGUGGUCGAAGAGGGUUAAUGUGGAGAAAUUAAGGGGUUUGGUGGAAAGAAUUGAUAGGUUAAUCGAGGAGCUCGAUGAGGCGGAGCAAUGUGAGGAAAUUGAAAACCCUAAGGGUGAAUUGCUCAUGAGAAAGAGUGGUGGUGGUGGUGGUUUGGUGAAGCAAGGCGGUGGGGUUGGGCCGAAGGUGAAGAAAAAUGUGAGCUUUGCAGAGAAUGGGUGA